AUGGGUUCCAAAGACAAGCAUGACGACGACGAAUCGCUCAGUGUAGGCCUAAAGGUGAUGCUAGCAGCAGCUAUCUCUUUAUUUGCUGUGAUCUCAAUAAUCAUCAUCGUCCAUUUUAGUGUCAAAUAUUUCAUCAGACGCCAACAAAGGAGACGCCAAAACGACCUUCUUCACCAGAUCACCACUCAGAUUGCACCGAUUGAUGUCAGUUCUGUGGAGCCACGCAACCCUGGACUUCAAACUUCCAUCAUAGCGUCUCUGCCUAAACUAUUCUACAACCAAACGGAACAGUUCAAGCGAGGUGAAGUGAUAGAGUGUUCGGUUUGUCUGGCCACCGUUAUGGAGGAUGCAAUUACUAGAGUGCUACCAAAUUGUAAGCACAUUUUUCAUGUUGAUUGUGUUGAUAAAUGGUUUAAUUCUAACACGACGUGCCCAAUUUGCCGCACUGUGGUUGACCCAAAGGUGUCACCGGAAGAAGAACAUGUCCAACCCACAGCACCACCUGUUGUGGGCGGUGAUGAGCUGCAAGAUGGAAAUGAAAUGGAGAAAGUGGGGUGUUCGGGUUUGAGAAUAGGAUCUUUCCAUAGGAUGAAGUUGAAUAUGUGCAGCAAUUCUUGCAACAGUGUUUGUGGAUGUGGGAGUGGUGUGAAUGUUGUUAGUAGCAUCUGGAGUUCUGGUUUAAAGAAACCGCAGAAACGUCCCAGAGUGCCAAAAAGAGGACCUGGUGUGGCCGAACUUGAGAAGAUCCUGAGAGAGCAAGGAGGCGUAGACAUAACUACUGAAAAGGGAGAUUCAGAGGGAUUUCCAUCUUUUGUGUCUCGUGCUUCUUCGUCUUUAAACUUCCAUCCAUUGCAACCUUCGACUACAACAAAAGCUACUCCACCUUCUUCUCUCUCAAGCAAUUUGGCUACUAAUGUUUCUUCUGCCCCAAUAUUUGAUCAUUUAGGUCCCACUACACUCCCAGCCAGUACAUCUAUGUACGGUAAAUGUGGAUCACUAGAAAGAAGUGGUGGAUCUGGUCUUGUUUCUCCUGAAAAAGAAUUCUUUCCCUUGAAUCUUAAUUCAUGUAAGUCUAAUUUGAACAUGAAUGAACCGAUUGAUGGAAAUCGAUAUGAUUCUGCCAGUUCCCCUUCCAGGAAUUUAUCUGGUGACUGGCCUUAUCCAAAAAAUCAGCACAUAAACAAUCACUACUCUGCACCUAUUACUUCUAUGACAAAUCCCCGUGGGACCUCAACAAUCGGCCCUCAAAAUCAACCAGAGCUUCCUUCAAACCAAAGUUUGUGUUACAAUUACAUGUCUAGAGUGCCAGAAGAACAAAAAGUUGGCAUGAAGCGAUCUCACUCUUCAACCUUGGAAAACUCUCUGAUUCCGCCAUCGAACUUCCAUGUUCUUCCAAGUUUUUCAUAUUACAAUAGACAUCAUCAAUCAUCCAUAAAUGAUAGUCAUGGUGCUAGUGGUUUCAAUUCCACCAAGGAGUGCUAUAAGGAUGCCAAAUGGGGCAGCACUUUGGAGCUUAGUAACACAAGGUUCAAUUCUGACAUGACAGUUCCUGGUCAUGCAAAUUUCCCUCCAGUUGUAACUCCUGAAGUUCCUUCACCUCCCAUGCAUUUGUUUUCAGGUGUUGUUUCAAAGGGGAAUGCGCUACCCGGCCAUGUUUGUGAAGAUAAACUAGACUCAUGCCAACAUUCAGAAUCAAGCGAACCAAAUCGUAGACCUUUCUAUAACUUCUUAGAAGUGGAGGACUCAGAGAUGACAGACAAAAUGCGAGGGGAAAAUCUUGGGGGACGUGAAGCAGGAAGAUUUGGCAUUGAUCUGAACUUGAAGCUCUGAAUUUGUGUUUGUAAAUCUCAAAGACUAGCAAGCUCAGCUGAGUAUGCGCCAGUUUUUCAGUUUGAGUCCAACAAUAGCAUCAAGUGAAGAAAAGAGAACAGUUUCCGGGUAAUGGUUAGAGAAGAAUUUACCCGGGAUAUGCAUACUUGUCAUAGGAUUUUCAUUAGAUAGUUUGGGUGGAAGACUAUGCAUACCGUUUGAUUCAUUAAAAUCAAGAGAUGCUGCUUUGCAUGGAAUUUUCAUUUAACUUAAUUUCAGUUGUUCAGUCUUUUUGACGUUACAGUCGUUUAAGUUAUGUUUGUCGAAAUUGUAGCUUAAGAAGUUACUUCAAAAUGAAAGUUUAAAGAAGAGAUUUGGAAA